GGCAACGGGUGCGCAGCGUGUGGCUAGUUUGGAAGCGGUGGCAGGUAGAAACCUAAAAGUCUCAACGGACACUGACUGAGCUGAAACUAAAUUAAAAUGACAAAGUAGACAAUUACAUUUACAGUCGAAACGAAAAAGGAACCCAUAGGCCUACCAACAGAAGGAUAAUGUAAACACAUUUUGACAAACUUUGAUUAUACCAUUUCAACGCCAGCUGUGCUUCUCCGAGACGAAAGGUUGUCUUGAUGUGAGGCUACAUUGAGGUGAUUUGCAACAUCCUUUCAUCAACACGGGACUUCAGUUGUCAUUGUCAAAUAUAGCAGUCUAAUUUGCCUUAUCACUUCUCCUUCUGAACAGUAUUGUUUUCGGUCUGUGGAGAGGAUUAGGGAACAUAAAAGGAAUACUCAAAGCACAGUGACUUCAAAGUGCGCAGCAGGCAAAGUAAACAUAGGGUUGGGGAGGAUACCGAAAUGGGGUUCGUCGUCGCAAUGGAAUUAGUGCUGAAGAACACAUAAACCAAGCCAAGUAUUCGUCCGUUCCAAACGUCGCUGAAAACUGUUCAACUAGGUUGUGUUACCGCUGGGAUGUUGACAGUGACCCGCUGUUUGGGACGGAGGGACUGAGAGCGAAGAAGGUAGGCUAGAGAGAACGAAGGGGGAGAACAAGGAACAGUGGGAUUAUGGCUCUCGCAACCGUUUCUCUCUGUCUAAUAGCACUUGCCUUUACAAACUUGCACCUGACGCGAGCCAACGACCGACAUGCCGUCUAUUGGAACAGCUCAAAUUUACAUCUACGGAGGGAGGGCUACACGGUGCAGGUGGCAGUGAACGACUACCUGGACAUCUACUGCCCGCACUACAACAGUACCGCCACCAGCCAGCGGGGGACACUGGAGCGCACCGUGGCUGAGCAGUACGUCCUCUACAUGGUCAGCUACCGCGGCUACCGCACCUGCGACCCCCAGAUUGGCUUCAAGCGCUGGGAGUGCAACCGGCCGCAUGCGCCCCACGCGCCCAUCAAGUUCUCUGAGAAGUUCCAGCGCUACAGCGCCUUCUCCCUGGGCUACGAGUUCAACGUGGGCCACGAGUACUACUACAUAUCCACGCCCACCCAUCACCAUGGCCACAGCUGCCUGAGACUGAGAGUCUACGUCUGCUGCUCCACGGUCUCCCACGGUGAUGAUUCCAGUCAGACACCACCUGACUACACAGUCAGGCCCAAUAUCAAAAUACACAACAUUGAUGAAUUUAACCCUGAAAUUCCCAAACUGGAGAAGAGCGUCAGCGGCAGCAGCCCAUCACGCGAUCGCCUUCUGCUCACCGUGGCAACACUGCUCAUCUCCGCCCUCCUGGUCUCCUAGCGACUGUCUCCACGAGUGACAUCAUAUGGAUACCUGAACCGCUUAGCCUGAAGGGCUCUGUAUCCGCUGACCCUGGGUUCAAUUAGAAAGUGGGAGGGAACCAAGGAAUGGACACACAAUUCAACAAUCAAUUUGACACAACCAUAAAAAACAGGACUUACUCUCGGAUCGUACUCACUCAAUUCUAUCUUAACUCACCUGUAAUCACUGUUGAUACACAGUUUGUGCGACAUGACGUCUUUGGUUCAUGAGUUGUCGGACAUACACUACGUGCAUAAGUGCCACCGCAUUUCAUGCAUUUGGUGUGCCACCACACAGACCAAGAGCAGAAAAUGGCAUUCAGACUUAGACAUGAUACUGCCAUCAUGCCUAGGCUGCCUCUGGCUACACACACAGUUAAAGUAGGACAUGUGCAGUGAGAUUUGUAAUGGGAGCUGCCUGUCUAUCUGCGAAUGAACUCGCAUUACAUUGUCUUCAGCUAGUCCCAAUAUGGAGGACCUUUGAGCUCUAUGGACUAGGAUGGACAUAACUGGACUGGGCUCCACUGAGCCUGACCAAUGGACUGUGGACUGUAGGCCUCCAAUGGGCUUUGAUGGACUCAGCUGGACUUGGCUGUGCUGCAGUACUGUGGACCAUGCUGGACUCUGCCAAGAUUCACUGUACUGUGCUGUGCCAUAUACUUGCAGCCAUUUCUCUACACUGCUGCCAUUCUACCGGACGUUAACCCAUCUUCUACUGUCAUGGAUACGAGUUGGUCACACUGUGGCCCAGGUGUUGAGGGUGUUGACCGGAAGACAGAAAUAUUUUGAAAGAAUCUCUAUAAGGCUUUCGAGAGCCCUUAUCCAUCUCCUCCAGAUGUUCUCUAACCAUGGCUUUGUGGUGCAUAGAAAGGUCCAAAGCCCACAUGUCAAGGACAAAAUAAACAGUGCCCUCCAAGAACUGGUCCUAGAUCUGUUUUUCAUAUCUGCCUUCAAACCUUAUUACUGGAAUAAAAGAGACUCUGGACCUGUGCUUUGAGGGCAUUUCUAGAAGCUCACAUCUGUGUUUUUGCCUGAUACAUCUACCCAUAACACUUUGUCUGGGUUCCAGGUAGCAAUCUUGUGUCAAUAGUCAACAGAAUGGUUUCUAAUACCACAAAUUACAAUAUUAAACAUUUCAUAACAACAAA